UCGUUAACUUCACUAUUUAUUUACAGUGUUUUGUGCAUUUUUAGUAUUGUUUCCCAAUAUUUAAUAAUUAAUAAAAAAAUACAGAGUACAUGUUCGUAGUUUCUAUCAAACUGUAAAAUUUCUUGGGGUUACGCCACAAUCAAAGAAAAGCUAUCAAUAUGGCUGCCGAAGGAUUUCGUCAAUGUUUACUACUUUGGAGUGUCGACUAUUGGAACUUAGAAGUCAUGGCGGACGGAAUUUUCAAGUCGAGAGACAUUGGCCUUCGCGCUCAGAAAAAAAUACUUUCCCGCAUGGCAACAAAAAAUAUUGCUAAAACAUUCAUUGAUGGUACAACUGCAUCACUUUUGGAUAACUUAUAUCGCCUUUGCAAAUUACACACUGGGAACAAAAUUAAGGCUGAGAAAAUAAUCAAAAAUAUAAUAAAAAUUGUAAUUAAAAUUGGAGUUUUACAUCGCAAUAACCAAUUCAACGAGGACGAACUAAAGUACGUCGAAACUUUUAAAAAGAAAUUUCAGAACACACAACUAGCUGUCAUAUCUUUUCACGAGGUAGACUAUAGCUUCGACCUGCCGUAUUUACAAAAAUCUAUAUGUGAAUCACAAGAGUCGCUGAAAUCAAUUGUUCAGAAGCAUUUAACAGAAAAAUCCUUAAAUCGUAUAGAUGAAGUAUUUGAUUUUUUUAGCGACGUCACAUUACUUGAGACUGCCUUUAAACCGGAUUCACCAUAUCGCGAGGUCAUGGGUAAAAUCGUCGCCGAUAUCAAUACUGCCAUGGAAAUAGGCGAUAUAUAAAAAUAAUAAAACAAAUUGUACCAAAGAACCAUAACACCUAUUACCUUCUACCUAUAAUAUUUACACUAAAUAAUACACAACAUAUCCAAUGUUCCGAACCAGUAAUUUUAGAGAAUUGGAACUUAUCACACAGAAACUGUAUUUUUACAGCUGCAUUAUAUUUUCAUUACAGAAUUAUUUGUUAGGUGUCCCUGAAGCUUCGGGGUAUAGCAUUCCAAAAAAGUUGAGCAGUGAUUAUAUUCCAUACAUACAUUUCAAGUUCUUUUGCGAACUCUAUGAAAUCUAUAUUCUGCAAGAUUCGAUUUUUGAAAUGUGGGCAAGUAUUUUUAUUAUAUUUAAAUUCAAAUUGAUGUAUCGGAGUUCGGAGUGCCAGAAGAAUGUAUAUAUUUAUAUUUACAUAUUUUUUCUUAAAAAUUUCCUUGGGAACAAAAGAAAGUAUUCAAAAUGUCAGGUUUUAUCUAUACGGUAGAUUUCGAACCCUAUUUUGAAGACAUUUAUAUUGAACAAUAGUGUUCAAUUAUUUUAUCAAUUUAUAUUUUUUACCUCUUUGAGGAAAUUCGUUUAAUAUUUUGCAUUUCUUUUAGCAGUCCAGGAUCACAAAGAAGCCCCACUCCCUUGUUCUGAAUAAAAUUCAAUUCUUUUCAAUAGACUAGUCCAACGAAAAUCUUGGCCAAGAGAAUCGCCAAUGUACUUAAUAUUAAAUGUUUGUUCAAAACAAACCGUGCGAUUUUAAUGAACAUUCACGCAUGAUUUCUUUACAUACUAAAGAAAUAUGUACGUAUUUUCCGCAUAUGUAUAUAUCAUACCUAAACCAGAUGUCUGUCUGUAAAGCAUGUUAAAAUGCUCCAUGGAAUAUGUUUAAUUAGAUAAAAAUACCUUACCAUGCCCUUUAAGUCUUAUUCGAAAUAAUGCAUAAAAGUUCUAAAGUAAUAUAUACUGAGCAAUUGAGGGAAUUGUGUAAGUUUAUCUGCAUACAAUAUUUUCUAAGCUUUACAUUAAUAACAUAACAUAUAUACUAAUAUAGACUAGCUAUAUAAUUCGUGUAUUAAUUUAAGUAAAAAAAAAUUAUAAUAUUUGUACUUUUUCACAUGAUUGAAUGAGAAACCUUUGUACUCGUGUUAAAUCCAAAAGCAAUUGCACAUGAUAUUUGACCAUACCCGUAUUUAUUUGCAUUAAAUGUGUUAAUCAGUAAAUUAAAUGUCUUGUUUUAUACUUUUAAUAAAGGAGAAUCGAGCGAAUAAAAGUCUACACAGAAAAAUUUCACAAA